AUGGGCAAAAAAAAGAAUAUUGGAGCCAAUUCAACGUCUGUAGCUACUUCAAGUGCUUCUUGGAAGUCCGGCGACACAGUUUCCGACCAGUUUCCGGUGGGUUUGAGGGUUCUCGUCGUCGACGAUGACCAUACAUGUCUUAGGAUUUUGGAAAGAAUGCUGACUAAUUGCCGCUAUGAAGUUACGAAAUGCAGUCGAGCUGAGGUGGCGCUGCAGUUACUUAGGGAUAACAUGGAUGGAUUUGAUGUUGUUAUAAGCGAUGUCCACAUGCCGGACAUGGAUGGUUUUAAGCUUUUGGAGCACAUUGGUUUGGAGAUGGAUGUGCCAGUCAUCAUGAUGUCGGCCGAUGAUAGCAGAAGUGUUGUGAUGAAGGGUGUCACUCAUGGUGCUUGUGACUAUCUGAUAAAGCCGGUUCGGAUGGAGGCAUUGAAGAACAUAUGGCAGCACGUGAUUCGUAAGAAGAAGUAUAAGUGUAAUGAAAAGGAUAAGGAACAUUUGGGAAGUGUGGAAGAAGGAGAUCAGCAGCACAAGCCUACGGACGUUGCUGGUCACUCCUCUUCAGCUAACGAAGGGAAUUGGAGAAGUUCGAGAAAGAGGGAAGAGGAUGAGGACGAUGGUGAUGAUGAGGAUGAUUCAUCUGCAUUGAAGAAACAACGUGUCGUUUGGACUGUUGAGCUGCACCAGCUUUUUGUAACCGCUGUUAAUCAACUUGGGAUCGAUAAGGCUGUACCAAAGAAAAUAUUGCAAUUAAUGAAUGUUCUGGGCCUUAGUAGAGAGAAUGUUGCAAGCCACCUUCAGAAAUAUCGUCUUUAUCUUAGAAGGAUUGGUGGACAGCCCCAGAAUGGAUCCAAGGAUGCAGGUUUUGGCAUGAUAAGUUCGCUUAACGCCCUAGAUCCUCAUGCUCUUGCAACAAUCCAACCUACAUCCGUGCCCAUUGUUGAUCAACGCAACAUUUACAGCUUCAAUAAUCCGAACAUGAGGUUUGUAGAUGGGCAGCAACACUAUAACCAUGGAAUCCCUACGAAUAUGGAUCCCUUGCACCAGUUUGGUCAGAGCAAUCCUGUAAUCAGACAGCAGUCAAGGACACAAAUGUUGAAUCAAGUUGGUGGCAACCAGCUCUUGAGUCAUCGAUCCAUUCCUGGAUCGGUGUUUAGCAGGUAUGGAAUGGACAAUGUUCGUGCUCCAACAUACACGCCUCUUCCCCAGCAUCAAGGCCGUGUGGAUGUUGCACCGUCCGUUUUAGUAGUUCAACCAGGAUUUGCCAGUGAUCAUAGGAAUGGACAUACAUCCAUUAUUAGGGAACCUUUCUCAACUGCUACCACUCUUGACAACGGCACAAACCUGAGGCAGCAGCGCACGUCUCUAAGAAUCAAGACGGAAAGACUGCCGGACAUGGGCUUCCAGGUAAGCCACAAAUCUAAAUGCGAUUAUUUUGUUAACCUCCACAUAGUAAGACAGUUUCUCACAUACAUGCAGCAGCAAGAAGACAGGGGUGGCUGUGACGAAUACCAACUGGAUAAUCUUCCAGUCUAG